CGUUGGGCUCGCGCGGCGCCGUCCCCCCUCUCUCUCUCUCUCUCUCUCUCUCUCUCUACACUGCUCACGCCUCUCUCUCUCUCUGCUCCCAAAUCUGCGUGGGAGAGAGAGAGAGAGAGAAAUCCAGUGGGGGGAGGGAUUGGUCUCUGGAGGGGAUCUAGCAGCAGCAGCAGCAGCAGCCAUGAACAUCUUCAAGAAGAAGGUCGACCCCAAAGAGGCUCUCAGGACCAGCAAGAGGGAGAUGUCAGUUGCUACACGGGGAGUUGAGAGAGAGAUUGGCUCCCUGCAAAUGGAGGAGAAGAAACUAGUUGCUGAGAUUAAGAAAACUGCUAAGACAGGAAAUGAGGCUGCGACCAAAAUCCUAGCUCGGCAACUUGUGAGGCUUAGGCAACAAAUUGUCAAUUUGCAAGGCACGCGGGCACAAAUACGUGGAGUUGCUACUCAUACACAGGCAAUGUACGCAGGCACUUCAAUAUCUGCAGGAAUGAAAGGUGCAAGCAAAGCAAUGGCAGCAAUGAAUAAGCAAAUGGAACCAACAAAACAGAUCAAGGUUAUGAGAGAAUUCCAGAAACAAUCAAAUCAGUUGGACAUGACGCUUGAAAUGAUGUCCGAUGCUAUAGAUGAAACACUUGAUAAGGACGAGGCAGAAGAGGAAACAGAAGAACUUACUAACCAGGUUCUUGAUGAGAUUGGUGUUGAUGUGGCUUCUCAGCUGUCUUCAGCUCCUAAAGGUCGUAUUGCGGCGAGCAACAGGAAAGCUGAGAGCAACCAAGCACGAAAUGCCGCUCCCCCCAGAAAUAACGUGGAGCCUGAAUCCUCUGCUGAAGUUGACGACCUGGAGAGGAGACUGGCUUCACUUCGCCGCAUCUGAGCAGCUGAUAAAUAUAUAGUGCAUCUAUAAUUCUAUAUGUAAAUUUGUUUCACUCAACAUAGCUUGUCUGAAUAUGUGCGAGUAGAGUAUUGUAGGCAAACAACAAGAUUUAAAUAACAUAAUUGAACCUUCGGAUUUUCUAUGGAAGGAUGAGCAUUUGUCCAAUUUUGGAAGAUAUGGGAAAACUCUUUUGAUUAAAAGUCUAUCAGAAUCAAUCGCUCAUAUUCGAUUUCUAUAGAAGAGGGAAAUGCUUUAUCGAAGGAAAUAAGAAAAAAGGGUAUGUUGCUACUCUUUUGAAAGAAAAAA